CGUGACCAAAACAGAAACAUGGCGGCCGCGGCUGUCCGGUCGAGCAUGGGGCUGACUUUGAGGCUUUCUCGAGCGUUACCGGACUGCAGCAACUGUCCCUUUCACCGGUCAAACGGCUGUGUCAGCGGCGUGAGUAAUUUACAAAGGAGGGGCUCAUUUGAUAGCUUUCGGACCAUAAAUCGACACUUGCAGACGAGUAAAGAAACACUCACAGUCCCGCUGCUGUUUGUUUUUAAAGGUCUGUACCACGGCGAGGAGGGCCGCUCCAAUGCAGAGGACCCUGACGAUGUGGUGAACGUGGUGUAUGUAGAUCGGUCAGGCCAGAGGAUUCCGGUGAAGGCCAAAGUGGGAGAUAAUGUCAUGUAUCUGGCUCAGAGGCAUGGAAUCGAACUGGAAGGAUCGUGUGAGGCCUCGCUGGCCUGCUCAACGUGUCACGUCUAUGUGAACUCCUCCCAUUUCGACAAGCUGGCAGAGCCUGAUGAGAGGGAGGAUGACAUGCUGGACAUGGCGCCCAUGCUUCAGGAGAACUCCCGGCUGGGAUGCCAGAUCAUUCUCAAGCCGGAGCUCGAAGGCAUUGAGCUCACCUUGCCCAAAGUCACCAGGAACUUCUACGUGGACGGCCAUGUGCCAAAACCUCACUGAGAAGAGGAGUGGGUGCAGAGAGUUGGAGAAAAAACACGAGGGGGGGAGGUGACGCCGUGCGUGCUGGUUGAGUGAGAGAGGGGUGGGUGACCACAGGGAAAUGCACGGCUAGGAUAGUAAAAGGUCCGCAGCAACUCCCAAGACUUCUUCCGGACUGACAAUUCCCAGUUUACCAUCCACCGCACAUGCCUGCAGGUGACAUCGAGCAGAGUCAGACAAUAUUUGAGUCUCACUAAAGGUGAAAUCAAUGAAAACAUAAAAACUGUCGUUUAACAGACGAUAUAUUUAUUUAUGCAGAGUGUCCUCAGGCCAGCAACGAGACACCAUUCAAUCCCCCAAACUGCUUUGCUAAAACAUUAGACAAUUCAAGACACGUAUCACGUCUGUCUUCUACAUUGCAGAGCAAUAUUCAACAAAGGUCAUCUUUGUGCCGUUCAAUGGAACAUUCCUCGUUAGAGCUCGUAUACGCACAAGUAUUACAAGGUGUCCUCAGUCAUUUACGCUCUUGAUUCACUUGUUGGAUAUGAUAUGCAUUUAGUUCCAUUUAUAUUUACCUGUGUUGUUGCUGGCUUAUCAAUAUGUACAGACUGACUAAAAUGUAGCCCCAAGUCAUAGGCCUCUAAAAUAUGUUUUGUUCUCUGCAUCAUACUGAAGCCACAUUCAGAGGAAGAAGAAGCCAUUUAUCACAAGACGAGCGUCGCUUGAUGCUGAAAGAGUCGGCUCACAAAGUAAACUCGAAUUUAAAGUAACAAAAAGACACAAACUAAACAUUUCACUCACUCACAUGAACACUGCAAAACAUUUGUAGGCAAAUUGUCUUUCGAGUGGCAGAUGGAAAAAGCAUUUGAAAGCACUUCCUCUCAGCUUCAGGUGCGCUUUGAUCCAGAGCAGAAUGGAGCUGGUGGGCUUAACGUUACCACGGAAUGAGUAUACCACAUCUACCCUUUACUUGGUAAAGUCUACUGUACUUGUCCUUAAGUCAACUGUGUAUAACAUGCGUUGGAAAUGACAAAUGUGAAGUUGUGCAAUAAAAUGUUUUUAAACGUAA